AACAUUAAAAAAAAGUCAAAAUGGACUCCAUACACAACGGUCUGCAUUAAAAAAAAGUUAUCAGGACCCACUGGCGUUUAUUAAGUUUGCUGUACGAAAACUAACAUUUUACGACAGGUUGCACAAUCAGGACUAAAUCACUUGGGAUAGAAACAGAUUACAGAAUAUCUCUUGAGAGUAAUGUUAACAUGGAGCAGACUGAAAAUGCUGGCCAGUCGAGGGAUAUCAUCCUCCAUGAAGCAUGCAGCAAGAAAUGAGACAGGAGAGGGGUACCAGCGUAUCACGGUUCCCCAGUGUGUUCAGGAGACAGCCAAAGGGUACCAACGUAUCAUGGUUCCUCAGCAUGUUCAGGAGACAGCCGAGGGGUACCAGCGUAUCACGGUUCCCCAGCGUAUGAUGGAGCGACUCCAUAGGCACAAUCUCCGCAUAGAGAAGGAGAAGGCACUCAAGAAAAGGCAGAAUCUCUCCUCCUUGAUGAUUACUACCAAACGACGAGAGUUCCAGUUCUAUAGGGGACAGAAAUUUGACGUCUUUGAUCCAAAACAACUGGCCUCUCAUGGCUGGAAACAUCGACAGUGUGGUGAUGACCAUUUCACCAUUCUCUGUCAUGCUCCGAAUCCAGCUGUGGUAGCAGAUGAUGGCAUCUUUAGCUUCAAGGACAUGGAAUUGCAUGAGAAGUUACAGCUUUUCUUGGCAUCUCAAAAAUUGGACUCACCCACUGAAAUACAGAAGUUGGUGAUUCCUGUGUUGAGGGGUGGACAACAUGUGAUCUGUGCAGCAGAGACAGGUAGUGGCAAGACAUUUGCAUACAUGUUGCCAAUGGUUCACAACAUUCUACAGCAGCGAGACUCUGGGAUAUACCAGCGUGACAUCACCGGCUCCCCUGCCUGCAUUGUGCUGGUCCCAACACAUGAUCUGGCUAGUCAACUCCGGGAUGUUUGUGUAAAGAUGGCAGACUUUACUGAGUUGAAACCAUUUAUAUGCACGGAUGUCCGGAAAAUGAUAUAUCUUAAAGACACUGGACACGACAUCUUGAUUUCCACUCCGGCACUUGUGAAGAGAUUUAUCAAACACAAGGCAGUAAACUUGUCCCGUGUGAUAUCAGUGGUGGUAGAUGAGGCAGACACUCUUAUGGACGACAGCUUCAGUGCCGACACCCUUAGUGUGCUACGCAGUCUGCAGGUUGGUGGCAGCGCCCCCACAGACGAUGUGCAGGUCAAUGAGGGGGUCCAGGUGGUUCUGGUCAGCGCAACCUUCCCUCGAGGGCUGGAUGGGACCCUUGGCAACAUCCUACCUCUACACAGCGUAUCCCAGUUGACCACAAAGGCUCUGCAUCGCCUCAUGCCUCAUGUGCCUCAGAAGUUCAUGAAGAUGAAACCAAAAGACAAACUCCCUACAAUUGUGGAAAUGUUGAAGUCAAAACCCGACGUCACGUUCAUGGUGUUCUGUAACACGACGCGUUCCUGCUUCUGGCUCAGUCAGACCCUGGCUGAGGUUGGGGUAGACAACUCCUGUGUGUCUGGAGACAUGACAGCUGAAGACAGACAGAAGGCAUUGAAGGCUUUCAGUUCCAGGAAGUCAAAGGUCAUCGUCUGUACAGACAUCCUGUCUCGGGGCAUGGACAUACAGAAUGUGGAUCAUGUGGUGAACUUUGACUUCCCAUGUCACAUGUCAGACUACAUCCAUCGAGCAGGUCGUGUUGGCAGGGUGGGGGCGGUCCAGACAGGUCAGGUGACCAGCUUCAUCUCCCGCCCACAUGAGGUCGACCUAGUCUGGAAAAUAGAGGUUGCUGCGAGACAGAAGACUGAGCUACAGAACGUCAAUGCCAACAUCAAGCAAUCCUACCCUCACAGACCCCCAAAGCAGACAGCACGCACUGAAUGAUCUUAUUGGCUGCUUUGGUUAUUAGAAGAGAAUGGCUUGACCAAUCUAAACUAAGCAUCAAUGUGGUAUUUAGAUCAGCAAAUCUACAGGAAUCAGAACAGUUAUUGUGGAGUUUAAAUCCGACCUCACUGCUUGUAAUUCAAUGUGGACUUAUUGCAGAGCAUAUUGUCAUGUGUGAACAAUCAAAGUUUUUUGUUGAUGUUUAAAGGUUCCUUUAAUAUAAAGCACCUAAUUAUAAUGUAUACCAGUAAAAAAAAAAAUAUUAACAUAGUUAAAAUUUUGAUAUCCUUUAAAUGUGCAUGCAAUUUUGUUGUUGUAAUGCUAUGCAAUCAGCUCUAGUAUUUACAUAUGCCAUGUAAGCCUGGCUCCAGCCCUGCCUAGAUAUCAGUCCAUGUAAUCUUGUUGUGGUCUAUAAGACCCCUUUAAUCCAUGGCAUGGAAAAAUCUAUGUAUCAUACUGAGAGUACACAAUGUUGAGACCCUGGUCGAAGAUAAUCAUUGGUUUCUGUGUAUACAUAUGGGCCGUGCUCUGUGAAAAAGGGGUUUAAUGUAUGUGCGUAAAGUGUUGUCUCAGAUGAGCCUGUGCAGUCCGCAAAGACUAAUUUGGAACGACACUUCACACUUGUAUGAUAUUUUUGGUGUGCAUACGCUAAUCUGGGCGACACUUCACACUUGUAUGAUAUUUUUGGUGUGCAUACGCUAAUCUGGGCGACACUUCACACUUGUAUGAUAUUUUUGGUGUGCAUUGGCUAAUCAGGGCCGACACUUCACACUUGUAUGAUAUUUUUGGUGUGCAUAGGCUAAUCAGGGCCGACACUUCACACUUGUAUGAUAUUUUUGGUGUGCAAAGACUAAUCAGGGCCGACACUUCACACUUGUAUGAUAUUUUUGGUGUGCAUAGGCUAAUCUGGAACGAUACUUCACACUUGUAUGAUAUUUUUGGUGUGCAUAGGCUAAUUUGGAACGACACUUCACACUUGUAUGAUAUUUUUGGUGUGCAUAUGCUAAUCUGGAACGACACUUUUCACAGAGCAUGGCUCAUAUGUAUUGUAAAAUAAAAGCUUUUUUAUAUUACAUGUAACUAUUGAUAACAACUCUUGAAUUAUCUCCUUAUUGACAAAAGUUGUUUUUGUUUUGAACAUAAUGCCAGCAAAUACAUAUUGAACAUCA